CAUAAACAUCCUGCGUGACGUCACUGCGGUUUGACGACUAUAUAAGCCGCGAGUGUGCGCAGUGAGAAAGUGUUUGUGCCGCUGAUGUUAUAGUGACGAGACAAUGGUGCAACUUUCUAAAACUGGAGUGAGAGACACGCUGAAAGCUGGACAUCCUCCUGCAGUGAAAGCAGGAGGGAAAAGAGUUGUGAAGAAAAGUGGUGAAGAUAAUGCAAAUGUGGAGAAAGAGGCCAGAAAACCCGAUAAAUCCAGGUCCCUGCUGGCCACUUCCAGAAUGCAACACCUGAGUCUUCUCCUGGUUGGUCCACUUGAGAAGUUGGGUCACGACUUCCCUGAAACUCCAGUUUCUGUUCGACACAGCAAAGUCCGACCCAGCAUGGAGAAACCACACAUGCCGCGCACCUUCUGCAUUCAACAGCCACGCAAGAUGUGAUCAAAGUGUCUUCCGCUUAUGAUGAAAUGAUGUGCAUAAGACAAUCUGUUAUAAGUGCCGUUUUGGGUAAAUUACAUGCAUCGUGGACCAGACUGACAUACUCGUAGCCUUGAUACAAAGUUCAUGUUUGGCAAAUUUAUUUUUAUUUUUUCUAGCUUUGCAGCUUUUCAGAUUUUCUUACAGCAUAGAUUUUGUUCUUGCACUAUGUGUGGACCAUUCGUUAACCAAGUGUGAAUUAAAGAUAUGCUGUAGGAUAUUUGAUAGCUGCCUUAAUGAUGUUUCAUGUAUGAAUGUUUAAGCUUUAGCAUAAAAAUGUAGCAUUAAAAUGCAUGGCGUUUCUGGGGAAAAAAAAAAUGUAUAUUUUUGAUAAAGCCAAACCAACUUUGUAAAAAAAAAAAUAAAUAAAAAAAUAAAAAAUUGUAUCAGUAAAGUUCACUUUUCCAGCAAA